UACAUAAAGUAUGCGGACAAAUUUCUUCCUUUCAAUUGUUAGUUGAAUACAUUGGUUGAAUCAUUUGAAUGAAAACAAAAACGAAAUAAAUUGCUAAUAUUACAGGAUUUUGUCAUUUUCAAGAUGGGAAAAGUAUUUCUAGAGCAUCCUGGUGGCGCUAGGAUAUAUUCUUGUGAAAAAUGCGGGACGGCUUUGACGAAUAAAUCGCAACUUAUUUCAAUGAGAUUCACAGGGGCCACUGGAAGAGCAUUCUUAUUCAAUAAAGUUGUCAACAUUACUUUAAGCGAUGUUCAAGAUAGAAUUAUGCUGACAGGAAGGCACAUGGUUCGAGAUGUUUCUUGCAAGAACUGUGAUACCAAACUUGGUUGGAUGUAUGAAUUUGCUGUUGAAGACGGACAACGUUACAAGGAAGGACGAGUUAUUUUGGAAAGAGCUCUGGUUUCUGAAUCAGAGGGAAUAGAUGAGAUGAUUUAAACAUGAUAUGAACCUACUUAUGCCAGACUUACAUAAAGUAAUGUUCACCUCAAUCAAGUAUACAUGUAAAGGCCUUAUUGGGCUUUAUGAGGCACAUGCACCAAUACUCUAGAUGUUAUUCUGUAAUGUAAUUAUUUGGGUAAGUGUACUUUAACUAAUGUACAAAACAUGACAAAAGGGAUCUUCA